AUGGCGUCAAUCCAAAUUCUAACAAUUUUCCCGUUCUAUUUCUAUCGUCUUCCAUAUUUUUCAUUCAUUCAUUUUUACAUUUUUUCUUUUGUUCUGUUUAUCCUUAUAUCUGUCUUUUUCUUUGUUUUUGAUUUGUUUGUUUUCUUUCUUCCUUUACUUCUACGCGCAUAUUUUUUUGUUUCUAACUUUUUGUUUCUUUCUUAUCUUUUCAUUCUUUCUUUCUUUCUUUCUUUUUUCUGUAUAUCUUUUUUCUUUUCUUUACCUUUCUUUCUUUCUUAUCUUUUCUUUAUUUCUUUUUUCUUAUUUUCAUUUUUUUAUCUGUCUUUCUUUCUUUUAUCUUUCUUUCUUUUUCUUUAUCAGUCUGUUUAUGUGUUUGUUUGUUUGUUUUUCCUUUCUUUCUUUCUUUCUUUCUUUCUUUCUUUCUUUCUUUCUUUCUUUAUCUGUCUUUCUUUCUUUUUUCUUUCUUUUUUUAUCCGUCUUUUUUUCUUUCUUUUUUACUUUUUAUUCUUUCUUUCUUUCUUUCUUUCUUUCUUUCUUAGUACGAUUUUUUCCCUCGAUUUUUUUACCUUUUUUUUAAAUGUUUUACUUUCAUUCUUUUCUUUCCGUUUUGUGUUAUUUUAUUCCCUAUCAAGUGUCUUCUCAGUUUUGCCUCGCUUCCUCCCCUCUCUCUUCCUCUCUCUCCCUUUUCUGUCACCCUCUCAUUCCCUCUCUAUGCUUUCCUCUUCCUGUCACACUCUCUUUCUCUCUCCCUCCUUCACUCUCUGUUCCGUCUCAGUUUUCCUGCCACUUUCUCACUCCCAGCUUCUGCUUCCGCUCCUUGUCUUUCAUACUGACUCCUUUUUUUCUCUUCUCCGUCUCCUUUUCGCUUUCAUUGCUUAUUUCUCUUUUCCUGUCCUUCUCUUUCGAUGUCCUUUACUACUUCCCUUUCUUUCGCUUUGCUUUCUUCUGUUUUUCUCUAUUUCCAUCUGUUUCUCCUUCUGUCCACACUCUCAGCCCUCAUCUCUCUUUCUUUCCCUGCCUACCUCUUUGUCCCAUAUAUCUCUCUACUUCCGUUUCUCUUUCUAUACUUCCUCCUAUCAUUUUCUGUCUGUCUGA